AUGCCGACCACUACAGGUACCACUACGGAUACCACAACUGCAACAACCACUGCAACUACCACUCCGACCACUACAGGUACCACUACGGAUACCACAACUGCAACUACCUACCCUACCACAACAGUUACCACAACGGCUACCACUGUAGAUACUACAACUGCAACAACCACUGCAACUACCACUCCUACCACCACAGCUACCACUACAGCUACCACUACGGAUACUACAACUGCUACAUCCACUCCUACCACCACAGCUACCACUACGGAUACUACAACUGCAACUACAACUCCUACCACCACAGCUACCACUACAGAUACUACAACUGCAACAACCACUGCAACUACCACUCCUACAACCACAGCUACCACUACAGCUACCACUACUGAUACUACAACUACAACAACAUCUGCAACUACUACUCCUACCACCAGAGCCACCACUACUGAUACUACAACUACAUCUACAACUACUACCACCACAGCUACCACUACAGCUACCACUACAGAUACUACAACGGCAACAACUACUCCUACCACCACAGCUACCACUACGGACACUACAACUGCAACAACCACUGCAACUACCGCUCCUACCACCACAGCAACAACCACUGCUACUACCACUCCUACAACCACAGCUACCACUACAGAUACGACAACUGCAACAACCACUGCUACUACCACUCCUACCACCACAGCUACCACUACCGAUACUACAACUCCAACCACAACUCCUACCACCACAGCUAUCACUACAGCUACCACUACGGAUACUACAACUGCAACAACGACUCCUACCACCACAGCUACCACCACGGAUACUACAACUGCAACAACCACUGCAACUACCACUCCUACAACCACAGCUACUACUACAGAUACUACAACUGCAGCAACCACUGCAACUACCACUCCUACAACCACAGCUACUACCACAGAUACUACAACUUUAACAACUACUGCAACUACCACUCGUACCACCACAGCUACCACUAUGGAUACUACAACUGCAACAACCACUGCAACUACCACUCCUACCACCACAGACACUACCACUGCAACUACAACUGCAACAACCACAGCUACCACUACGGAUACCACAACUGCAAACACCACUGCAACUACCACAACAGCUACCACAACGGAUACCACAACUGCAAACACCACUGCAACUACCACUCCUACCACCACAGCUACCACAACGGAUACCACAACUGAAAACACCACUGCAACUACCACUCCUACCACCACAGCUACCACACCGAUUACCACAACUGAAAACCACAACGCCACUACACCAACAAGCUAA